AUGAAGAACAUGUACUUGGUCGGUAUCAUCACUGCCCUCAUUGGCAUGGCAUCAGCCAACAAGGGCGACCGAUGUCUUUCAUACGGCGACUGUAUGUCCGUCAUGCCGGAUCUUCCUCAUCGCGACAUGACCACUGAAUUCGCCGGGUGCUUCAAAAGCUGCUCGGCGGACGUAAAGGCUUGCUGCCAGCAGGACUGUGCGAGUCUCUCAUCAUGCCGCACUUACUGGUCCAACUGCUUUUCGAAUUGCCGAAGCCAUUUGCCACCCACCCAUUCCACGUGCAUGGAUACGUGUAUGAAUGUUUGGAACAAUUGUAUGACUGAGUCCGUCACCAUCGAUGCAGUCCUUGAUCAUAACACCCACUGCAACAACGACUUCAGCUCUUGCAGAAUGCGUUGCCACAAGGAGUAA